ACAACGUGACCAUGUCUUCCGCUCUCCUCCACCCUGCCGGCCAGCCCCUUCACCACUGGCUGCUGGGUGGAGCGAGCAGUGUAGCUGUUGUACACUCUGGGAUCUCCGAGCUCGACUGCGGGUUUGCCCGCCUGCUGACUAAUUUGACGGACCUUGACCUGUCAGAGAAUGAGCUAAAGGAUGGUUUCCUGGAGCUUGAGCAGUGUCCCGUCACCUUUCCGAGACUGGACUGCCUCAGGUUGAAUGGAAACCGCCUCCGGUCCUUCCAGCACCUGUGUCUACUCUUGAAAGGCACACCUGCCCUCCAAGAUCUCCACGCCAGCCAGAACAACUUCUCCCAGCCCCCCUCGGGCUGCUCAUUGGGAGACAGGAGCUUUCGGGUCCUGAACCUGUCCCACACAGAGCUCGUCCAGAUGACACCUUACCUGCCGCGCUCGGUGGUAGUACUUGACCUGAGUGGCAACAACCUCCAGCAUUUUGAAAGCCUGCCGCGGGGCCUCCGAAAGCUUCACCUGUCAGAUAACCACCUCCUGACGUUGCCGGUCCUGACGAAUGCUCCUCUGCUGCGUGUCUUGGAGGUGGAUGGGAACCAGCUGACGGGUCUGUGGGAUGAGUCUGGGCCCGGCACUGAUCCCCUGCGGGUUCUGGAGGAGCUCGUGGCCUUCCGUGCCGGACGGAACCCGUACAAUUGCAGCUGUGGUGUGAGAGACACCGUGGAUCAUUUUAGGAGACAGUCUGGCAUCAUGAAAGACUGGCCUGAUGAUUAUGUGUGCCACACACCUUUGUCGCUCAAAGGGACCCUACUGAAGGACCUCUGGCUCUCGUACUAUGAAUGCAACCACACUGCAGCUGUCUGUCUCAUCUCUCUGUCUGUCCUGGCAGUGGUCGUCCUCAUUGCUGUGUUGAUUGGCUGCGUGUUCUAUAGAUCAGCCUUUCGAAGACCUUAAAAACCUUCCAUGUUGUUUUACUGUAUGAGGAAAUACAAUUCAAAGAAAGCAUUGACAAGCAUUUUUAGUGCAAGUAGACUAUAAUAAGCCGCAUUGUGUUGCUUCAUAGAGAGUUCAUACUCUCUUUUAUUUCACUCCCAAAGUAGUGAUCACACACAAAAAAAUGAUGGUGAAGAGGUAAAUGUUUAAACAGCUGUGCGUCAUGAAAUUAACAUCCUUCACCUCAUCGGGCUUAAUGAGUGCUGUGGGAGUUGAUCUUUCCCAGGCAAAGAAAAUUGAGGUACGUGAAAUUGUCUAAUUUUUUCUGUUUUUCUUUUA